CACUCCUCUGCUCUCACAUUAAAAAAAAAUAAAAAAAAAAUAUUUAAAAUUUAAAUUCUUGAAAAACUGCUGCAAUGGUAAAGGGAUAUGUGAUACUCGGGUUAUUAUCUGCUGCAUUCGCACUAGUGGGCACUUGUGUGUGCUCAUCAUCAUCAUCUUCAAGAUUUGAUGAUCUUUUUCAACCCAGUUGGGCUUUGGAUCAUUUCACCUAUCAAGGAGAUGUUCUCAACAUGAAACUUGAUAACUACUCUGGAGCUGGAUUUUCAUCAAAGAGCAAGUAUUUGUUUGGGAAAGUCACUGUUCAGAUUAAGCUUGUUGAGGGUGACUCUGCUGGCACUGUCACCGCCUACUAUAUGUCAUCGGACGGUCCGUAUCACAACGAGUUUGAUUUCGAGUUCCUGGGGAACACCACAGGGGAACCCUACCUUGUUCAGACAAAUGUGUACGUUAAUGGAGUUGGCAAUAGAGAACAGAGGUUGAAUCUCUGGUUUGACCCCACCAAGGAUUUUCACUCUUACUCCAUUCUCUGGAAUCACCGCCAAGUUGUAUUCUUGGUAGAUGAGACACCAGUGAGAGUACACACAAACCUGGAGCACAAAGGAAUACCUUAUCCAAAAGACCAACCAAUGGGAGUGUACAGCUCAAUUUGGAACGCAGACGAUUGGGCAACACAAGGUGGUAGAGUCAAAACAGAUUGGUCAAAGGGACCCUUCAUUGCAUCCUACACUGGUUUCCAAAUCGACGGCUGCAAAUGCCCCGACUCCGUCGCUUCACGGUGCGCCGCCGCUUCAGGUGAUCCCAAGCAGUUCUGGUGGGACCAGCCGACUAUGUCGGAGCUGAACGUACACCAGAGCCACCAGCUUCUUUGGGUGAGGGCCAAUCACAUGGUGUACGACUACUGCUCCGAUACUGCUCGGUUUCCCGCCACUCCGCUCGAGUGCCAGCACCACCAGCACUAGAGUACUUUCCCGAUCGGUUUAAUUAGUUAAUUAAUUAAUUAAUUAAUUAUCGUUUUUUGUAAAAAAAGAAUUAUGGUUCUUUAAAUUAAGUCGGUUCGACAUGAGCUCCAUGUUUUUUUUUUGUUCGUCAUCAUCUGUAAGAUAUACCGUUAAGUAGUUUCGAAAUAAAUCCUCGUUUCUUUUGGUUCGAUUAUGA